AUGGUGACUAUAAAUUUGUAUGUCUCUAUAUGGAAUACAUGUGUGGGGAGAGAUGAUAGGGAAGUUCAGUACCAGCAGUUAAAGCCAGCCCAUGACGUGACAGAUGCCAAUGAACCAUGCACCAUCCUCUCUAGAAGCAGCCAUCUAAGUGUGUCAUCCACUCAAUUUAUCAACAGUAUAGAACCCAACAACAAAACAAUCAUUUCAAAUUUUUUUCUCCUGGGACUGACAGCGGAUCCAGAACUGCAGUCCCUCGUCUUUAGCUUGUUCCUGAUCGUGUACCUCGUCACUGUCAUUGGAAAUCUGCUCAUUGUCUUGGCUGUCAGCACUGACUCCAAACUGCAUACCCCCAUGUACUUCCUUCUCUCCAAUCUGUCCUUUACUGACAUCUGCUUAAGCACAAUUACUAUCCCAAAGAUGUUGGUGAACAUCCAGACACAAAAUCAAAGCAUCACUUAUACAGGCUGCCUCAACCAGAUUUUCUUUGUUCUGGUAUUUAGUCUUUUCGAAAAUUUUCUACUUGGGAUAAUGGCCUACGACCGCUAUGUGGCCAUUUGUCACCCAUUGAGGUACACAGUCAUCAUGAACCCCUGUUUCUGUGGCCUGCUGGUUCUAAUGUCCUUAUUCAUUAGUAUGAUGGAUGCCCUGCUCCACAGUCUGAUGGUUUUGCGUCUGUCCUUCUGCACGGACCUGGAAAUUCCUCAGUUCUUCUGUGAGCUUGCUCAGGUCCUCAAGCUCACCUGUUCCAGUGCCCUCAUUAAUAACAUCCUGUUAUAUUUUUUAGCUUGCAUAUUGGGUGGUGUUCCUCUGUCUGGGAUCAUAUUCUCAUAUUCUCGGAUUGUCUCUGCUGUUUUAAGAAUGCCAUCAGCGAGUGGGAAAUAUAAAGCUUUUUCCACUUGCGGGUCUCACAUCUCCGUUGUUUCUUUAUUCUAUGGGCCAUCUUUUGGUGUGGUCUUCAGUUCUGCGUUUAAACACUCUUCCAAGAAAACAGCACUAGCUUCAGUGAUGUAUAUUGUGGUCCCUCAAAUGAUGAAUCCCUUUAUCUAUAGCCUGAGAAACAGGGACAUCAAGGCAAGCUUGAGAAAACUCAUUGGUAAGAUACGUUGUUUUCAGUGA